AGUGCUGAGCGGUUGAAAACCGCUAGUUGACAUUUGCAACGAGUCACCCUGUGUUUGGGAACCAUUCGGGUUGAAAGGCGCGGAACCAUCAGAUCAAACGCAAGUGUUCUGGCACACUACCGUGGUUCAACACCGGCAAGCGUUAAGUUCUGAUCUGCUGUGCUGAUUGUGCAUAAGUGCGAUAAAGUGUACGUUACCGAAAGUUAUUUCAAAAGUUGUUGGUGAUCCGUUAAGAAACAUACAGUUUUUAUCGAUAGAGUUUGAAGACAGGCGGAAAAUGGCGGAAAACGAUCACGCAAUAUGGUUACAGCGUUGUAACGAUAUAUGCGAACUGAGUCGCAUCCUUCUUACGUAUGUUAGAGACCUGCGUGAAGAUAAUCGACAUGGCGAAGCGGCCGAUUGGUUGGCACUGGUUGGUCGAAAUAUGGAAGAAUUCAUAUAUGGAGAUAAUCGCUUCCGAAGUGCUCCACGACAAUACCGUCAUCGUCGUGUAUAUCGCAGUUCUCCUGUCCGUGACAGACCAUUACAGUAUCGACCAAGAUGGACGGUACCAUCAGCCUAUCUGGAGCCGUAUCCGUUAGACAACCCCGGAGAUGGCCAUGCGCCAGACUGUCCGUUUGCCACAACAUCGGUACUGAACGGGGAUAAUGUGGGACCGCCAGUUGUUAGCCAACAACCUACCCAAAGUUACCCGGUUACAACCGUCAUUACACCGUCAUUCGCUCGGUCAUGGUAUGGCCUUCAACCGUCUGCUGGAACAACAGCUACUUCCCAGGUAUUCAGCCAAACCUAUCCGGUUCCACCACCACUACCGCCGCCUGGCAGGCCAUGGAAUGACGUACAACAACGGACGGAUCCUCCGCAGGUGUACACUCAUAACAUCCCCGUUGGGCCACCACCACCAUCUGCCAGGCUAUGGAAUGACGCACAACAACGGAUGGAACCUCCCCAGGUAUACAACCAAACCUUCCCAGGUGUACCACCACCGCCACUGCCCAGGGCAUGGAAUAACACCAUUCCAGGCCCGUCAAAUACUGUCCCGGAGCUUGUUUUCCCACGCCUGCCGAUAUUGACACCACUGGUUCCGUCCCAGCGGACUAUUCCACCAAACACUGGUCCUCGUUGUCCGAUGCAGCAGAAUGUGGCACCAGCAACUGUUCCCCGUGCUCAGACGGAGCAACGUGUGGCCCCCGUAACUGCUCCAUUUGCUCAGACGGAGCAACGUGUAGCCCCGGCAACUGCUGCUCGUGCUCAAACGGAACAUCGUGCAGCUACAGCAAUUGUUCCUUGUGUUCAAAUGGAAUAUCGUGUAGCCCCAGAAACUGCUCCUCGUGGUCAGUCGGAGCAGCGUAUGGCCCCAGCAACUGCUCCUCGUGAUCAGACAGAGCAUCGUAUGGCCCCAGCAACGGCUCCUCGUGAUCAGACGGAGCAGCGUAUGGCCCCAGCAACGGCUCCUCGUGAGCAGACGGAGCAGCGAAUGGCCCCAGCAACGGCUCCUCGUGAUCAGACGGAGCAGCGUAUGGCCCCAGGAACUGCUAUCAAGAAACGUACUAAAACUCGUAGACGCCACCACUCAAAUGCUUAUAUGCUUGGAAAUGCAAGAGAUACUCAAAUCAUAAUUCCGUGUGCAUCACCUUACGUUGGUAUAUUAUUGGAGGAGUAUACAGCUCCUGCGGCAGGGGCUACGGAUGAACCGUCCUCUACGAAUGCACCGACGACUACGGAUGCAUCAAUGACUACGGAUGAACCGGCUGAUGACGAGCAGGGUGAAUCAUCAUCAAAUGCCCGGGAGAAUGUUAUAACACCGACAAUCGAAGAUCAUAACAGUGCUGAUGAGUGCUCCGAUCAUUCGAUACAUGAAUUAGACUAAACUGUUCUUACGCGUCGCCAGAAAUGGUCUUCCCUUCGCCGGACAGUUGAAACGUUCAAACUCCCUUUGCAACAGGUCCGACUUAUUACCCACGAUGUCUAUC